GAGGCCGGAGCUAGUUCAGGUGGCCGUCGUCGCGCCGUCGGGGAGCGCUACUGUGGCGCCGCAGCCUCCCCGCCCCUCAUCAGUGGCCGCGCGGGGCUGCACAGCGCAGGGCGGCAACUUCCCCGGGACAGGAAUUCGCUUGGGGCCGCGACGGCGACAGCGGAGGGGACUGGAGGCGGGGAGGCCGCCAGAUCAAAGGAGCCGCCCGCGAGGCCGGGACGAGCCCGCGAGCGCCGAGGGGCCCCUCGGGGAGGGAGGGGGACACCAGGGCCACUGACCUGGAUCGCGGACCCGGGCUCACCGGCCGCGCGCCCCCGAGCGCGCGCUCCCGCCUAGGUCCCCGCGCAGCCUUGUCCGGCCUGCGCCUCCGCCCGCGCUCCCGCCCCUGGAGGAGGCGAACGCGCUCCCGGGUCUGGCGGCUCCCGCAAAGCAGCCUCGCGGAGAGACGAUGCGGCCACCACCCAUGCGAGCGCGGCUCCCGCGCGCUCUGAUGCUGUUGGCUGCGCUCCUGGCCACCGGCCGAGGGUUGCCCCUGAGGAAGCGGGGUCCCGGGCUCCACGGCCAUUCGAGGAUGGUGGAGGCUUCACCUGUCUCAGAUCCCGGCUCUCCUCAGGAAAAGGAAGUAACACCAGGCUUUGCUGAAGACCAUCUUCAGACAGAGCCAUGUCAACCCAGGUGUCAGACCCUCCCUGAGCCAGCAGCUCUGACUCUAAGUACAGCCACCCCUCCUAGGACUCUAGGACACACACCCUUGCUGUUGGAGCUGCAGAAGCUGCCAGGAUUGGCCAACACAGACUUGAGUGCUCCGAACCCCAAUAUCCAGGUGACCAUCGAGGUGGUACAGGACCCCCAGGCUGAGGUAGAGAUGGACUUGCCUUCUGAACCCAGCAGUCUCUGGCCCCUGCGCGCCCCCAGCUGGCUGCCCACCAGGGAGUUCUUCUGGCCCCUCUUCUGGGGCUACCAGGAAGGUGAAGAAGGAGGCACCAGCCUCAAAGACACAGCCCCAGGGGCAGUGGAAGAAGAGGAAGGAAAGGGUUAUGCUGCAGAGUACGGUGACGGUGAUGACCAGGAGGGCGGUGAAGAGGACAAGGACGAGGAGUGGUGGCCCAGUGGAACCACAGACAACUGGGACUAUGGCUGGCUGGGUCCUCAGGACCAGGACUUCCAGGAGUCAGACGGCUAUGACUACGAGCCUCAGGAGGAGUGGAGCACCUGGUCUCCCUGCAGUGGAAGCUGCAGCAGCGGCCACCAGCAGAGAUCUAGGCCCUGCGGCUAUGCCUGUACCGCCACAGAGUCCCGGGUCUGCCACCUGCCCCCCUGUCCUGGCACAGAAGAGGAGCACACCCUGGGCUUUCCCAGUGAGGGGCGCCAGCCCCUAGCCCACAAUGCUACGGAUAUGCUUGAUCCAGAUGUGGACAGCUGUGAGAAGUGGUUGAACUGCAAGAGUGACUUCCUAGCUAAGUACCUGAGCCAGGUGCUCCAGGACCUGCCCAGCUGCCCAUGCGCAUACCCUCUGGAGGCUGUGUACAGCGCCGUGAGCCUGCGGGAUGAACAUCAGGGCCGAAGCUUCCAGUGGCGGGAUGCUAGUGGCCCGCGUGAGCGCCUGGACAUCUACCAGCCCACUGCACGCUUCUGCCUUCGCUCCAUGCUGUCAGGCGAGAGUAGCACACUGGCUGCCCAGCACUGCUGCUAUGACGAAGGCAGCCGGCUGCUGACCCGAGGCAAGGGGGCUGGAGCUCCGGACCUAGUCAGCACCGACUUUUCUCCUGAGCUGCACUUCAAGGUAGAUACGUUGCCCUGGAUCCUGUGUAAGGGGGAUUGGAGUCGCUACCACACCGUGCGCCCCCCCAACAAUGGCCGGGCCUGCGCAGACAACCCACCCGAGGAAGAGUACCUGGCCCAGCUGCGGGAGGCCAAAGAGUACUGAAGAGGGAUUAGAGAACGGUGCUUCUGCCCAUUAGGGUUCUUCUGAGAGGUAGUCUGGACUGCAUACCCCCUCUUGUGACGCUGAGUCAGGAGAGCCCAGGUAUCUCAAGGAUUGAUGAGGAGGUUGGAGGGUGUGUCAGGGUUAGGGCCGCUGGGCUGUGUUGGGUUGUGUCUUGUGUCUGAAGGAGAGGAGUUGUUCCAGUCUCGCCAUGCGCCCUUUCUCCUUUCCUGCAGAGCAGGGCCCUUCUGCAGCUCUUUCUGCUCAGGGUUGAGCAGGACGUUCCAGAUGCACCCAAGUUCCCAGGGUCUGCUGUGAAGUCCUCAGAUCUCCCCCUCCCCCAUGGCCAGUUGAGGAAGAGCACAGGGAGGGGGUAGAAAGGACAGACUUUCAUCUGACCUCACAGCUGCCCCUUGCUGGGCUAGCAGAGCCAAGGUGACCUCCCCUCCUUUUCUCCUACCCCAUCCCAUGCUGUGAGGUCAUCAAGGGGGCUUGAGAGGACAGCUGAGGGGGUGUUGAUUUGAGGCCGGGAACUGCCAGCUGUUUCUGGUCCGUCUUGGUUCGGUCCCCAGAUGGGAAGAAUACGCAGACUGCCACUGCCACAGCAGCCAGGCUUGGGGUGGCCUCAGAACUGGGGGUGGGCUCAGGAGGGUGUCAUGUGCCUGUAGUGGUUGCUAACCCAGGAGUGUGGCAGGGUAGACAGUCCUACUGUUCCAGUUUGUGGUGUCAGACACCAGCACCCAUCCACUUCAAGUCCCCACGUGGCGCCUUUGAAAGCCGGCCGGGAGAUGUGGGCUUCGGCUCCCAGCACACCUGUGCCUCUUCCCAGCCACUUCUUACCCCCCAAACAACCACACUUUGUCUUCUCUGGAGUGGAAGUGUUGAAGAACCAAUGUUUUGUCUCCAUUCACAAAUCUUCCAAAAGGCCUUGGAAGGGGACUUGAGUUCCAGCCCCCUCCACAGCUGUCCGGAAGCUGUCCCGAGAUCCUCAACAAUAAAGCACUUUAUUUUCA